ACCUUUCCUUUAAAUUUCUUUAGAUUGUGUAAUUGAGAAAUCUGACAAAGCAAAGAUGUUACCUUUCUGGUUUGUGAUAUUCACAUUCAUCUCCCAACCCGCAACAUCUAUAGAUGUAAUUUCUUCUAGUUGUCAUGAAAAAUGUGGGGACGUUCUUGUUCCAUACCCAUUUGGAAUCAUCUUCACAUCUGAAAUUUCUAAUCCCGACAAUUGUGCGCUAAACAAGCAUUUUAUCUUAACUUGCAAUGUAAGUGAUGAUCCUCCGAGUCUAUUUUUUGGGGAAAACAUGCCUAUUCACAAUAUAUCAAUAGAAGAAGGAACCAUCUCCGUCCGAAUUGAUUCAGCAUCCAAUUGCUACAACGAGACAGGAAUAACGGACUAUUUUAGUCAACAUAUUACAAUGCGAAGCGGCCGGCCAGUUCGGUUCUCUGAUACUCGGAACAAGUUCACAGUAGUUGGUUGCGAUACUUUAGCCUAUAUGGAAGAUGACGAAGAGACUUUUGGUAGCGGCUGUAUUUCGUUGUGUGACAGUAAUGUUACUCUAGAAGGUCCUUGCUCAGGCCGUGGAUGCUGCCAGACACCGCUACCGCGAAAUCUUACAACACUAAACAUUCAACUCUCAAGCCUUUAUAAUCAUAGCAGGGUUUGGCAGUUUAAUCAUAGCAAGCGGUUUAGGCAGUUUAAUCAUGAAUACCACAUUGAUGAGUGCAAAGAACCAGACAGGUACAAGUGCGAUGGUACUUGCAAGAAUACAGAUGGGAACUACACAUGCAGUUGCCCACUUGGGAUGCGUGGUGAUGGUAAAGUUGGCUGUCAAGGAUUUCGCAUUACGACUAUUGCUGCGAUUGUUGGAGGGGUUGCAUCCAUUAUGGUUAUCGCCUUACUGAUCAUCAUUUUAUACAAGAGGCGAAGAAAUGAGAGGAAUUUUUUGAAAAAUGGCGGAUUGUUGUUGAAGCACCAAAGGGUAAGAAGAAUCUUCACAGAAGCAGAAUUAGUGAAGGCUACCAAAAAUUAUGAUCAAAGUUUACUUCUUGGCGAAGGAGGUUUCGGAUAUGUUUAUAAAGGAGUUUUAGCAGAUAACACCCAAGUUGCAGUAAAGAAGCCUAAAGAUAAAGACAAAACUCAAAUAAAUCAAGAAUUUCAACAAGAACUUGGCAUUGUUUCACAAGUUAACCAUAGAAAUGUUGUCAAGGUAUUAGGCCUUUGUUUGGAGACUAACGUUCCUUUAUUAGUUUACGAAUUCAUUUCCCAUGGAACCCUUUCCCAGCAUAUCCAUUACAACAGGUCUAAAAUAUUAGCCACAUGGAAAAAUCGUCUAAGAGUAGCAGCAGAGACUGCGCUUGCACUUGAUUAUUUGCAUUCUUUAGCAGAUCCCCCAAUUACCCCAAUUAUCCAUGGCGAUGUCAAGUCAUGUAAUAUACUCUUAGACGAUACUUACACUGCUAAAGUAUCUGAUUUUGGAGCUUCAGUACUAAUUUCUACAGGUCAAUCUGAUAUGGCCACAAGAAUACAAGGGACUAUUGGAUAUUUAGAUCCAGAGUAUCUUAUGACAGGUAAUUUAACUGAAAAGAGCGAUGUCUAUAGCUUUGGAGUGGUUCUUGUUGAACUAUUAACAGGGGAGAAACCAAAUUCUAGCGCAAGAUCUGGCGAAAAGAGUAACAUCAUUCAAUAUUUUCUCUCAUCUCUAGAAAAUAAUGAGCUAUCUAGGAUACUUUGUUUUGAUGUAGCUAGUGAGACUGAAAUGGAAGAGAUUGAAGUUUUUGCAGAGCUUGCAAAACAAUGCGUACGAGUUAGUGGCAUGAAAAGGCCAACUAUGAAACAAGUCUGA